AUGUCGACGACGGCUAUCACCAGAUUGCCAAUUGUACGGCGCAGUCCGGCCACCCUCCAAUAUGUAGACUACCGGCACAAGGACCCCCAUCCCGAAAAGCCCUACUUCAAGCCUCGAUUCACGUUCAAGAGCGAGGAUCGCAAGCAAACAUUUGGUCGCCUUGACUUCCGAUUUACCGAUCCAUUGAUGCCCUCGUAUCCUUACGGCAAGAACCAUGCAUUCCAGGAAGCAAACUUUGGUUUAUAUGGAGGUACCGUGCUGCAAUCUGGGAACAAAAUUUCAAAAGGCCGAAAUAAGGGCAAAACACUACGCAAAUGGUUUCCCAACGUUAGAGUUGAGACAUUCAAGAGCGAAACGCUGGACGCAGACUUCAAACUACCAGUCACAGCUCGCGUGCUACGGACGAUCCGAAAGUGCGGAGGACUUGACAAUUAUGUUCUGGGCACGAAGCCCGCACGGAUAAAGGAGCUUGGUUUGCUGGGAUGGAAGCUUCGAUGGCUGGUCAUGACCUCUCCCAAGAUGUUGGCUAAGCAUGAGCAAGAAAGGCGAGAACUCGGUCUGCCGGAGUCUAACUCGCUAAGGGCGGCUUUCGAAGACUCUUGGAACGACGAGGAGAAACGAGCGCAAUUAGUUGCGCAACAAGAGUCCGCUUGGGAGGACUUGCGCGACGCGGCGUCGAGGUUUGAGAACCACGUGCUCAAGAAUUGGGUGGAGAAUGGAGAGAAAGAACCAUACAACAUCCCUAAGUUGGAGACCCUCCAAAGAACCGGCCCUAGUUUGCUGGGUCUUCCUGAACACUUGGAGCGUGUCCAGCUAGGGGCUGGACGUGAGACCGCCAAGGGAGGUUCUGAAGAGUCUGAAGUUGCCCGCCGACAGACCAGAGUCGGAGACCAGACUAUCAGAAUAGCACAAGCCCGGUUGAGGAAGCUCCAAGGAAAGGGAGCAACGGGGUCGGAACCGAAGCGACAGAAGGUGCGCACCUUGAGGCGGAAAGACGCGACUAUAGCGUGA